ACCAGAUCCCUUUAAUAAAAAAAAAAAAAUUCCGGUUUGUUUGCUUAGAAGCAAAGCUCAUCUUAUUUUCGGGUUUAGGCAGGGGAAGACGAAACAACCCUAGAGAAAGAUGGCGGCAAUGCGGAGUGUACGAUCCUCUGUUGCCAACUUGAAGGGUAGGAUUGGUCAAUUCAUGAAACGUGUGUGGGUAGAAGGGGUCGAGCAGAAACCAGGCCAAGCUUUCCUAGUAGUAGCCGGUACAAUGGGGUACGCUUUCCAUGACCAGUUUGAGAAGGUGCGCAAGAUAAGAAAGAAACUUCUUGAACAAGAAGCGGAAUGUGAGAUCAUGAGGAAACGGGUUCUUGAGAGAAAUGCAGAUUUUAAUGCUAAAAAGGAUGAUUUGUUGAUGCAGAUGGCUGUCGACUUUUUCUGGAUAAAGAAGAAGUGAGGUUGCGGACAAGUCAAGUAAUCAAAACAAUCAUAUAUGCUCUGGCUUAUGUAAUAAUACUUGUGGCAAACACCUAUUUCAGAAGUGGAUUUAUUUAUGUGUGGAAAA